AUGGCGUUUGGGGGUCAGGGUUACGGUAUGGCGUUUGGGGGUCAGGGUUAUGGUAUGUCAAUAGGGGGUCAGGGUUACGGUAUGUUGUUUGGGGGUCAGGGUUACAGUAUGGCGUUUGGGGGUCAGGGUUACGGUAUGGCGUUUGGGGGUCAGGGUUACGGUAUGGCGUUUGGGGGUCAGGGUUAUGGUAUGGCGUUUGGGGGUCAGGGUUACGGUAUGGCGUUUGGGGGUCAGGGUUACGGUAUGGCGUUUGGGGGUCAGGGUUAUGGUAUGUCAAUGGGGGGUCAGGGUUACGGUAUGUUGUUUGGGGGUCAGGGUUACAGUAUGGCGUUUGGGGGUCAGGGUUACGGUAUGGCGUUUGGGGGUCAGGGUUACGGUAUGGCGUUUGGGGGUCAGGGUUACAGUAUGUUGUUUGGGGGUGAGGGUUACAGUAUGUUGUUUGGGGGUGAGGGUUACGGUAUGGCGUUUGGGGGUGAGGGUUAUGGUAUGUCAAUAGGGGGUCAGGGUUACGGUAUGGCGUUUGGGGGUGAGGGUUAUGGUAUGUCGUUUGGGGGUGAGGGUUAUGGUAUGUCAAUAGGGGGUCAGGGUUACGGUAUGGCGUUUGGGGGUGAGGGUUACAGUAUGUUGUUUGGGGGUGAGGGUUACGGUAUGGCGUUUGGGGGUGAGGAUUAUGGUAUGUCAAUAGGGGGUCAGGGUUACAGUAUGGCGUUUGGGGGUCAGGGUUACAGUAUGGCGUUUGGGGGUCAGGGUUAUGGUAUGUUGUUUGGGGGUCAGGGUUACGGUAUGUUGUUUGGGGGUGAGGGUUACGGUAUGGCAUUUGGGGGUGAGGGUUACAGUAUGUUGUUUGGGGGUGAGGGUUAUGGUAUGUUGUUUGGGGGUGAGGGUUACGGUAUGUUGUUUGGGGGUGAGGGUUACAGUAUGGCGUUUGGGGGUGAGGGUUAUGGUAUGUUGUUUGGGGAUGAGGGUUACGGUAUGUUGUUUGGGGGUGAGGGUUACAGUAUGGCGUUUGGGGGUGAGGGUUAUGGUAUGUUGUUUGGGGAUGAGGGUUACGGUAUGUUGUUUGGGGGUGAGGGUUACAGUAUGGCGUUUGGGGGUGAGGGUUAUGGGCCCCCGGUUAGUUUCGGUGGAUGA